UCUGUCACUGCAGGGUGUGGAUGGCGGGGGCGUGAAAACGGGUGCCGUGACCCAGGGUUGGAGUCACUGACCCGGAGGGCCAGCGGCUGGGUGCUGGGCUGGGGACUAAAUGAGAGACAGAUGCCACCCCAGCUACCUGCGGGCCAGGCCUUCAGACGGGUUUGACCAGCUGGGUGCUAAUGGGAUUUCCUGUGUCACUGGGCGGGCCCUCCCUCCCCAAAGACCGGCUUCCUCCCCUACAAAGGCUCUUGGGGAUCCCAGGUGCCCAGACUCAGCGCCCCAUCUUUGGGAGCAGACAGCCAUGAGGCUCAGCUGGCCGCUCCUGGGGGUCCUGGUCCUUUGCCUGUUCGCUGGAGGCAUCUUGGGCAGUGAGGACCACUCCUCCCCGCCAUCCACAGAGGCCAGGGAAGAGGAGAGUCCCCCACGUUUGCCUCUCGGCCCUCCAAUCCCCGGAGAGCCCUGGCCAGGGGCACCCCCUCUCUUCGAGGACCCUCCCCCUCCAGGCCCCAGCCAUCCCUGGGGAGACCUGCCUGACAGUGGAGUGUGGCCCCCUGAGGCCCCUAGCACUGAUCCCCCCCAACCUCCCCUGCCUGAUGACCCUUGGCCGGCAGGACCCCAGCCCCCAGCAAACCCCUGGCCACCUGCCCCUGAGGUGGACCACAAACCCCAUAACGAGCCAGACCUUGACCCUCCCCGGGAAGAAUACAGAUAGUGGGGAUCCCCAGGGACUUGGGCCUCCAGGCAGAGUGGACCCAAGCCCAUCUCUGCCCUCCUGCUUCCUUUUACACUCUCUCCGGUUUCGCCAAAGUCAUUAUUCCUUUCCUCAUUCCCUCAAUUUUAUUCUGAACUCGAUGUCCUCAGAGUUUUGUCCCCUCUGGGGAUCCACAUUUAGCCUGCACAUUCCCCUUCCUUUUUUUCUCUGACAUCAAAGUGCACACUCCUGUCUCUCAGUCCCCUUCCUCCACCUCCUCCUCCCUAUCCCUGGGACCUGGGAUGCUGGACAGGGCCAGCAGCAUGGCCUCCCCACUGCCACCUGGUGGACUACAGCCGAGACCCAUCAGUAGACAAGGAUGGUGCCUCUGUGAAAUGGAAAUAAAAAUGUUUUCUUAA